AUGGGUCUCGUUCGACUCUUUCGGUCUCUGAGGACCACGAGCACCGCCAAAGACAUCACUGUUGAAUUCAAGAUCCAAGAGAUUGAGAACCCCUCGUCAAAGACGUCGUCGUCUUCUUCGUCACUGCCGAGCAUUUCGACACAACAGCGUGCCCUUCUGCUGCAUGGCCCCAAGCAGCCCUACACAGAAGUGUUGGAUCACCCCAUCCCAUCACUUUUGGACAACCGAGAACUUCUUGUCUGGAAUAGAGUGAUCGGCCUCAACCCGAUUGAUUGGAAAGCACCGGAUUUCAACUUCGGCAUCCCUCAACUCCCUUACAUAUCAGGUCGUGAGCUUGUGGGAGAGGUCGCCAUAAGUCCCAGGCAGGGGUCGCGGUUCAAACCCGGUGACCUGGUCAUUGUCAUCUCCACCGACUAUCGGGACCUCCGCAAAGCCGCUUACCAGCAAUGCGUCGUGGCCACCGACUUCAACACCUGCCGUCUGCCAGCGAACAUCACUCCUGAAUCGGGAGCGGCACUAGGUGUGGCGUUCGUCGCCGCAGUUCUUUCCCUGGGUAUUUGUAUUGGACUCGACUUCUCCAAAGUAGCGAACGGACCGGAUCUCCUCUCUAUAGUGAGAGGAUUGGACCCUCAGCGACUUCCGGAAGAUAUCCGAUCGGAAUGCUUGAAUGGGAUCAACAGGGCCGAGAAGGCUAAACCGGGGGACUGGCUCGCCAUCUGGGGUGGUUCUUCCACCAGUGCUUUUAUGUUGAACCAGAUUGCUCGGUUGAUGGGACUACGGACAAUCAGCAUCAUGGACUAUCGCAAACAUGCCCUGAGUGUGUCCUCAGAUCCGAGAACGAAGCCGGAUGUCGUCGUUGACAACCACAACCCCGAGAGAGCCAUCGAGAUAACCAGAUCAGUAACGAACCACAGCCUCCGGUUCGCCGUGGACACGGUUGGUCGAGACACAGCCCAGCACUUGAAGCAGUGCUUAGAACAGCAUUCCUCGGACUUUCACGACACCACAGCAAUAACCCCGACGCCAACACUGGAAAAGAACGACGUGCGUCCUGCCGCACAUUUGGUAGGUCUGACUGGAUUACCAAAAGGGUCGCCACCGACCAACACCAUCUUCCACACCGUGCCCAUCAAAGUGUUCCACGAGAUCCCGGAGCUGGGCGAGGCGUUGAUGCUCUGGCUGGAGCGGCUCCUGUCGCAGGGUCUGUUGGUCCCUCCUACGAUCCUGGGGGUGAGGGAAGGAUUCAACGCCGUCAAUGACGCUUUGGAUUCCAUGCGGAGGGGCGAAAUCAGUGGCGGCAGGCUGGUGGUCAGGGUCAAGUGA